UUUAGAAAAACCCUCGAGAGGCUAAACUUGUUUUGUUUGGGCAGAGAGAAAAUAGGAGGGAAAAUCAAGGGGAAGAGGGAAAAAGAUGUUUCAAUCAGCUGCAAACGGAACACUAUUUUCGAUAUGUUUCAAAGAAACAUCAACCGAAGAGUAACCAAGACGAAGACGAAGACUGUUUUUCUCCAUCUUUGCCCACCAAUACAUAGCUUCUUCCUCUCAUAUCGCAACUUCACUGCCCAAUCUACAUCCGCCCUAGACACCGCCGCCGCCGCUGCGGAUAUCGCCACUCUUGUUCUCGAGUCCGACCCCAAAAGCUUGAGGGGAUCCCUCCAUGGAUUACCACUUCAAUUUACCCCUGAACUUGUCGACAAGGUUCUCAAACGCCUAUGGUUCCACGGACCGAAAGCGCUACAAUUCUUCAAACACCUUGAGUACCAUCCAUCUUAUGCCCAUUCUUCAUCUUCCUUCGACCACGCCAUCGACAUUGCAGGUCGUAUGCGUGACUACAAGACCGUAUGGGCUCUAGUAGCUCGAAUGCGAGCUCGCCGGAUUGGACCCAGUUCAAAAACCUUCGCAAUUAUAGCUGAGAGGUUCGUAGGCGCGGGAAAACCAGAUAGAGCGAUCAGGGUUUUCUUGUCGAUGCGGGAGCAUGGGUGUCCUCAGGAUCUGCAUUCGUUUAACACCAUUCUCGACAUUCUCUGUAAGUCAAAACGUGUAGAAAUGGCUUAUAACCAUCUGUUCAAGGUUUUGAGAGGAAAAUUUAAGGCUGACGUUGUUAGUUAUAACAUAAUUGCAAAUGGAUGGUGUUUGAUUAAGCGUACACCCAAAGCGUUGGAGGUUUUGAAGGAGAUGGUGGAAAGAGGUUUAACUCCAACUAUUACUACUUACAAUAUACUUUUAAAAGGGUAUUUUAGAGCUGGUCAGAUUAAGGAAGCUUGGGAAUUCUUUUUGCAAAUGAAAAAGAGGGAAGUUGAAAUUGAUGUUGUUACUUAUACUACUAUGGUUCAUGGGUUUGGUGUUGUGGGUGAAAUAAAAAGGGCUCGAAAGGUUUUCAAUGAAAUGGUUGGUGAAGGGAUUCUUCCUUCAACAGCAACUUACAAUGCUAUGAUACAGGUUCUGUGUAAGAAAGAUAGUGUGGAGAAUGCAGUAUUGAUGUUUGAGGAGAUGAUAAAGAAGGGUUAUGUGCCGAAUUUGACCACUUAUAACGUGGUUAUAAGAGGAUUGUUUCAUGCAGGGAAUAUGGAUAGGGCUAUGGAGUUUAUUGAGAGAAUGAAAACUGAUGGGUGUGAACCAAAUGUUCAGACAUAUAACGUUGCCAUUCGAUACUUUUGUGAUGCUGGUGACGUUGAAAAGGGGUUGAGUAUGUUUGAGAAGAUGGGGCAGGGGAGUUUACCAAAUUUGGAUACGUAUAAUAUUUUGAUUAGUGCAAUGUUUGUGAGGAAGAAGUCUGAAGAUUUAGUGGUUGCUGGGAAGCUGUUGCUUGAGAUGAUUGAUAGAGGAUUCAUUCCUAGGAAGUUCACUUUCAAUCGGGUUCUCAACGGGCUUUUGCUGACGGGUAAUCAAGCUUUUGCAAAGGAGAUUUUGAGACAGCAGAGCAAAUGUGGCCGUCUUCCUCGCCAAUUUAAGUUAUGAAGCUGGCAUCGAUUAUAAAUGAUGUAAGUUUCAGUGCCUUCAUUUGACCUUGUUGUGAAGCUGGCACUUCAGAACCAGUUCCAUUCUACCUGAAGACGACAAACAAGAUUCUGAACUAUAUUUAUGGAUCCGGAAGUGUUUGAAUCGUUUAUGGAUGGACAAGUUAAUUAGUCUCCUUGAUCCCCUGGUUAAGAGAUAGAAUGAAGCUGAUAUCUUGAAGCUUCCAUCACGACCAUUUGGUAACCAUUAGUUUUUUGUUUUUGAAAAUCAAGUCUACUUUUCUUUUUUAGUUUAUUCUAUGGUUUGCAAAUUUUUCUGGCAAAAGAGUUAAAUUCUUAGCCAAAUUAAAAAACAAAAAACAAAAAACAAAAUUUUAAAGUUUAAAAAACUGACUUGAUUUUUGAAAGCAUCGGUAAUAAGAAGAUUACGUUGCUAAUCAUUUAGAGGUGAUAUUAGUGUUUGUGGACUUAAUUUUCAAAAACUAAAAAUAAAAAACCAAAUGGUUACCAAAAAGGCUCAACAAUGCAUUUUUCCUUUUAGAGAUUUCAGGUGCAGAGUACAAAGCAGCAGAUAUCAGUGGUCACUUGAGUUCAUUUGUUUCAAGUUUGCUUGCUAGUUGCUAGAUCAUAUCAGGAUAUCCAUACUGAUAAUGUUGGAAACUUUCAGAAGCAGAACAGUCGAAUGCCAGUCUUCACAUUAAACAUCCUCCACAUUGACUCUUGCCUAUAAAUAAAAAAGAGCAUCCAUGUAGACAUACUUUGUCACAUCUCCCAUUGUCAGAAAUUUGAUGGCAGAGUUCUUAUUGCCAUCCGUAAGCUCAAUGCCGCCAAAUUUAUACAGGAAUACAACACCAUUGACUUGACAAGGCUAGGUUGUAUUCUGGUUUUGUAAGUGUUAAAAAAAGUGUAAGCCCUUAGAAAUUCAAUACAAACCACCCCAAUUAUAAUAUCCAAGGCUAUUGCUCUGUUGAUGGUUUGGAGUGGGCAAUCAGUGUAGAGUUCUACUGAUUCUGUUUGGGUUUGUGGCUGUAACUUAGUCCUUUGAUAUUGUAUUUACUAUAAAUCUAAAGCUGCCUGGUUUCUAAUU